AUGUUUCCGGCCGGUGAUGUGGGUGUGGUUGAAGGUGAGAUGAACAUUCCAUCUCAUGGGGGUCAAACCGGUGAUAGCAUGGAGUUUAACACACUUGAUGAACCCAUCAAGGAAACAUUUCUCAGAGAUCUCAGAGCUGUUGGUAACAAAUUUUAUCAUGUCCUCAUACCUAGAGAAAAGACCAGUCUUUUAAAAGAAUGGGAUCUGUGGGGACCGUUAUUACUUUGCACAUUCAUGGCCACAAUCCUCCAAGGUUCAACGGAAAUUGCUGACAAUUCCAAUGACGGUGGGCCGGAAUUUGCUGAGGUCUUUGUCCUUGUAUGGAUAGGAGCGGCUGUUGUCACUCUCAACAGCAAAUUGCUUGGCGGCAACAUAUCAUUUUUCCAGUCGGUCUGUGUGUUGGGAUACUGUUUAUGUCCGAUCGCUAUAUCUCUUGUUGUAUGUCGCAUCAUACUUUUCACGACACAGAACUCAUUCCUCUUCUUCCUAAGACUUGUUAUAUCUAUGAUCGGAUUCGCUUGGGCUACUUUUGCGGCAACAAAAUUCCUCGGUGACAGUCAACCAGAAGGAAAAAAAGGUCUAGCAGUAUUUCCUAUAUGUCUGUUCUAUUUCAUACUCUCCUGGCUCGUCGUGUCGCACAAUAACGUUUAG